AUGGUCUCCAGCAUCAUAGAGCUUCACGCUAUCGCUGUUCAACCACAUCUGGGCUUCCACCUGAGGCCUUCCAUGUUACAACAACUCCUACGACGUCUCGUUUUUGAUGUGCCACAACUCAAUGAAUACUGCAAGAUGCCUCUUAAGCUUCUGACAAAUCACUAUGAACAGUGCUGGAAGUAUUACUGUCUGCCUUCAGGAUGGGGGAGCUACGGUCUGGCUGUGGAGGAAGAACUGCACCUAACAGAGAAGCUCUUCUGGGGGAUUUUUGACUCCCUUUCCCAUAAGAAAUAUGACCCAGAUCUUUUCCGAAUGGCCUUGCCUUGUCUCAGUGCUAUCGCUGGGGCCUUGCCACCAGAUUACUUGGACACCAGAAUCUCAGCCACGUUGGAGAAACAGGUCUCAGUGGAUGCAGAUGGCAAUUUUGACCCCAAACCUAUCAACACCAUGAAUUUUUCCUUGCCUGAAAAAUUGGAAUACAUCGUCACCAAGUAUGCUGAGCAUUCACAUGAUAAAUGGGCCUGUGACAAGAGUCAGAGUGGAUGGAAAUAUGGGAUUUCUCUGGAUGAAAAUGUGAAGACCCAUCCACUGAUAAGACCUUUCAAGACAUUGACGGAGAAGGAGAAAGAAAUUUAUCGCUGGCCUGCCAGAGAAUCCCUGAAAACCAUGCUGGCUGUGGGCUGGACUGUAGAAAGGACCAAAGAGGGAGAAGCUUUGGUUCAACAGCGGGAAAAUGAAAAGCUUCGGAGCUUGUCCCAAGCCAGCCAGGGCAACAGUUACAACCCUGCCCCCCUCGACCUCACGAACGUUGUGCUCUCCAGAGAGCUCCAGGGAAUGGUAGAAGUUGUGGCUGAGAACUAUCACAACAUCUGGGCCAAGAAGAAGAAGCUGGAGCUGGAGAGCAAAGGUGGCGGCAGUCACCCUCUUUUGGUACCAUACGACACCUUGACCGCUAAGGAGAAGUUCAGGGACCGAGAGAAGGCUCAGGACCUGUUUAAAUUUCUCCAAGUGAACGGCAUUGUAGUUUCCAGAGGAGUGAAGGAUAUGGAGCUGGAUGCCUCCUCCAUGGAAAAGAGGUUCGCCUAUAAGUUUUUGAAGAAGAUCCUGAAAUAUGUUGAUUCUGCUCAAGAGUUUAUUGCCCACUUGGAAGCCAUUGUCAGCAGUGGGAAAACUGAAAAGUCUCCCCAUGACCAGGAGAUCAAGUUCUUUGCCAAAGUUCUUCUCCCACUGGUUGACCAGUACUUCACCAAUCACCGCCUCUACUUCCUGUCAUCCCCUCUGAAGCCCCUCAGUAGCAGUGGAUAUGCUUCCCAUAAAGAGAAAGAAAUGGUGGCCAGCCUGUUCUGCAAACUCGCUGCUCUUGUUAGACACAGGAUUUCCCUCUUUGGGAGCGAUUCUACUACAAUGGUGAGCUGUCUUCACAUCUUAGCUCAGACCCUUGACACAAGGACUGUCAUGAAGUCAGGUUCCGAGCUGGUGAAGGCAGGAUUACGAGCUUUCUUUGAAAAUGCAGCAGAAGACUUAGAGAAGACUUCAGAAAACCUGAAGCUGGGGAAGUUUACGCAUUCGAGAACGCAGAUUAAAGGUGUUUCUCAGAAUAUCAACUACACCACGGUGGCUCUGCUCCCCAUCCUGACGUCCAUCUUUGAGCACGUGGCUCAACAUCAGUUUGGAGUGGAUCUGCUCUUGGGUGACGUGCAGAUUUCAUGCUACCACAUCCUGUGCAGCCUCUACUCCCUGGGGACAGGAAAGAACAUCUAUGUUGAAAGGUAAUUAGCAACGCCUGCCCUUGGAGAGUGUCUGGCCUCACUGGGCGCAUUCCUGGAGCCCACCCUUAACCGCUAUAAUCCCCUCUCGGUCUUCAACACCAAAACCUCCAGGGAGAGGUCUAUUCUGGGGAUGCCGGACACGGUGGAAGAGGUGUGUCCUGAUAUCCCCCAGCUGGAAGGCCUGAUGAAGGAAAUCAAUGACCUGGCCGAGUCAGGGGCCCGGUACACGGAGAUGCCCCACGUCAUCGAGGUGAUCUUACCAAUGCUCUGCAACUACUUGUCCUACUGGUGGGAACGGGGACCUGAGAACCUGCCCCCCAGCACAGGGCCCUGCUGCACCAAGGUCACCUCUGAACACCUCAGUCUCAUCCUGGGCAACAUCCUGAAGAUCAUUAACAACAACCUGGGCAUUGAUGAGGCCUCCUGGAUGAAGCGCAUUGCAGUGUAUGCCCAGCCAAUCAUCAGCAAAGCCCGGCCUGACCUGCUGAGAAGCCACUUCAUCCCAACUCUGGAGAAGCUGAAAAAAAAGGCCAUGAAGACCGUGCAGGAGGAGGAACAGCUGAAAGCUGACGGCAAAGGAGACACCCAGGAGGCGGAGCUCCUUAUCCUGGACGAGUUUGCAGUCCUCUGCAGAGACCUCUAUGCCUUCUACCCCAUGCUGAUCCGCUAUGUGGACAACAACAGAUCUAACUGGCUCAAAAGUCCUGAUGCUGACUCCGACCAGCUCUUUCGGAUGGUGGCCGAGGUCUUCAUCCUGUGGUGUAAAUCUCACAACUUCAAAAGGGAAGAGCAAAAUUUUGUGAUUCAGAAUGAAAUUAAUAAUUUGGCAUUUUUGACUGGAGACAGCAAAAGCAAGAUGUCAAAAGCCAUGCAAGUAAAGUCUGGAGGACAGGACCAGGAACGGAAGAAGACAAAGCGGAGGGGAGACCUGUAUUCCAUCCAGACCUCCCUCAUUGUGGCUGCACUCAAGAAAAUGCUGCCCAUUGGUUUGAACAUGUGCACUCCAGGCGAUCAAGAGCUGAUCUCUCUCGCAAAGUCACGAUACAGCUGUAGGGACACAGAUGAAGAGGUUAAAGAGCAUCUGCGGAAUAACUUGCAUUUACAGGAAAAGUCUGAUGACCCAGCUGUAAAAUGGCAAUUGAACCUCUAUAAGGAUGUUCUGAAAAGCGAGGAACCUUCUAAUCCAGAAAAGACUGUGGAGCGUGUGCAGAGAAUCUCAGCAGCUGUCUAUCACCUGGAACAGGUGGAACAGCCUUUGAGAUCCAAGAAGGCUGUCUGGCACAAACUGUUGUCAAAGCAACGGAAACGGGCAGUGGUGGCUUGUUUCAGGAUGGCACCUCUCUACAAUCUGCCCAGGCACCGCUCUAUUAACCUCUUCCUCCAUGGCUAUCAGAGAUUUUGGAUAGAAACAGAGGAAUAUUCCUUUGAAGAGAAACUAGUACAGGACUUGGCUAAAUGUCCCAAGGUGGAAGAGGAGGAGGAGGAUGAGACGGAAAAGUAUCCUGACCCACUUCAUCAAAUCAUUCUUCAUUUUAGCCGUAAUGCUCUCACAGAGCGAAGCAAAUUGGAAGACGACCCUCUGUAUACCUCCUAUUCCAGCAUGAUGGCCAAGAGUUGUCAGAGUGGAGAGGAUGAAGAAGAAGAGGAAGACAAGGAAAAAACUUUUGAAGAGAAAGAGAUGGAGAAGCAGAAAACCCUGUACCAGCAAGCUCGGCUGCACGAGCGUGGGGCCGCAGAGAUGGUGCUUCAGAUGAUAAGCGCCAGCAAAGGUGAGAUGAGCCCCAUGGUGGUUGAGACGCUGAAGCUGGGGAUUGCCAUUCUGAAUGGAGGCAACGCUGGUGUGCAACAGAAAAUGCUAGAUUACCUAAAGGAGAAAAAGGAUGCUGGAUUCUUUCAAAGCCUUUCUGGUCUUAUGCAGUCUUGUAGUGUCCUUGAUUUGAAUGCAUUUGAGAGGCAGAAUAAAGCUGAAGGCCUGGGAAUGGUAACUGAAGAAGGAACACGUGAAAAAGUACUCCAGAAUGAUGAAUUCACACGCGAUCUCUUUAGAUUCCUACAGCUACUUUGUGAAGGGCAUAACAGUGACUUUCAGAACUUCCUGCGGACUCAGAUGGGCAACACUACCACUGUCAAUGUCAUCAUCAGCACUGUGGACUACCUUCUACGUCUGCAGGAAUCAAUCAGUGAUUUCUACUGGUAUUAUUCAGGGAAGGACAUCAUUGAUGAAUCUGGACAACACAAUUUUUCCAAAGCUCUGGCAGUCACCAAGCAGAUUUUUAAUUCUCUUACAGAAUACAUCCAGGGCCCUUGUAUUGGGAACCAGCAGAGCCUGGCUCACAGUAGGCUGUGGGAUGCAGUAGUCGGCUUCCUCCACGUAUUUGCUAACAUGCAGAUGAAACUUUCUCAGGAUUCCAGUCAGAUCGAGCUGUUGAAGGAACUCUUGGAUCUCCUUCAGGACAUGGUGGUGAUGCUUCUGUCCCUCCUGGAAGGAAAUGUGGUAAAUGGAACUAUUGGCAAGCAGAUGGUUGACACACUGGUAGAGUCAUCUACCAAUGUAGAAAUGAUCUUGAAAUUCUUUGACAUGUUCUUGAAACUUAAAGACUUAACGAGCUCAGACACCUUCAAAGAAUAUGACCCAGAUGGCAAAGGGAUUAUUUCCAAAAAAGAGUUCCAGAAGGCCAUGGAAGGGCAAAAACAGUACACACAGUCAGAAAUUGACUUUCUCCUUUCAUGUGCAAAAGCUGAUGAGAAUGACAUGUUUAAUUACAUUGAUUUUGUAGACCGGUUCCAUGAGCCGGCCAAGGACAUAGGGUUUAACGUGGCGGUGUUACUGACGAACCUUUCUGAACACAUGCCAAACGAUUCUCGCCUGAAGUGUCUGUUGGACCCAGCAGAAAGUGUGCUAAAUUACUUCGAACCAUACUUAGGACGAAUCGAGAUCAUGGGUGGGGCCAAGAAAAUUGAACGUGUUUAUUUUGAGAUCAGUGAAUCCAGUCGAACUCAAUGGGAGAAGCCCCAAGUGAAGGAAUCUAAGCGACAGUUCAUUUUCGAUGUUGUCAAUGAAGGUGGAGAGCAAGAAAAGAUGGAAUUGUUUGUGAACUUCUGUGAGGAUACAAUCUUUGAAAUGCAGUUAGCAUCUCAGAUCUCUGAAUCUGAUUCAGCUGACAGGCCAGAAGAGGAGGAGGAGGAAGAUGAAGAUUCUUUGUAUACAUUAGAAAUUGAGGGUGAAGAGGAGGAAGACAAGUCCUUUGAGUCAGCCUCUGCGUUUGCCAUGGCCUGUGUCUCAGUGAAGGGAAAUAUUGCCAACUUCCUGAAGAAGGCAACCCUGAAGAACCUCAGGAAGCAAUACAGGAAUGUGAAAAAGAUGUCUGCGAAGGAGUUGGUGAAGGUGUUCUUCUCUUUUUUCUGGAUGUUGUUCGUGGGGGUAUUUCAGUUGUUCUUUACCAUAUUGGGAGGAAUCUUUCAGAUCCUCUGGAACACGGUAUUUGGAGGGGGCCUAGUAGAAGGGGCAAAGAACAUCAGAGUGACCAAGAUUCUGGGUGACAUGCCUGACCCAACCCAAUUUGGCAUCCAUGAUGAUGUGGUGGAGACUGAGCGAGCAGAAGUAACUGAGCCAGGUAUCACAACUGAACUAGCACACUUCAUAAAGGGCGAGAAGGGAGAUACGGACAUUAUGUCAGACCUCUUUGGACUCCAUCCAAAGAAAGAAGGUGGCUUAAAGCAUGGGCCUGAAGUGGGUUUGGGUGACCUCUCUGAAAUGAUUGGCAAGGAUGAACCUCCUACAUUAGAGAGUACAGUACGGAAGAAAAGGAAAGCACAGGCAGCAGAGAUCAAAGCGGCACGUGAAGCAGAAGGAAAAGUCGAAUCUGAGAAGGCAGACAUGGAAGAUGGAGAAAAGGAGGACAAAGUCAAAGAGGAGGAGCAAGCUGAGUACCUGUGGGCAGAAGUGACAAAAAGGAAGAAGCGACGGCAUGGUCAGAAAGCUGAGAAGCCUGAAGCCUUCAUGGCCAAUUUCUUUAAAGGUCUAGAAAUCUAUCAGACCAAGUUAUUGCAUUACCUGGCCAGGAAUUUCUACAACCUGAGGUUUCUUGCUCUAUUUGUAGCCUUCGCUAUCAACUUCAUCCUGCUAUUUUAUAAGGUCACUGAAGAACCUUUAGAAGAAGAGACUGAGGAUGUAGCAAACCUGUGGAAUUCCUUUAAUGAUGAGGAAGAGGAAGAAGCAAUGGUGUUCUUCGUUCUGCAGGAGAGCACUGGGUACAUGGCACCGACGCUGCGGGCCCUGGCCAUCAUCCACACCGUCAUCUCUUUAGUCUGUGUGGUGGGCUACUACUGCCUAAAGGUCCCUUUGGUGGUAUUCAAAAGAGAAAAAGAAAUUGCCAGGAAGCUCGAGUUUGAUGGCCUAUAUAUCACUGAACAGCCGUCUGAAGACGACAUCAAGGGACAGUGGGACCGCUUGGUAAUCAACACACCAUCUUUUCCUAAUAACUACUGGGACAAGUUUGUAAAGAGAAAGGUGAUCAACAAGUACGGAGAUCUCUACGGAGCAGAUCGUAUUGCUGAACUCCUGGGUUUGGACAAAAAUGCACUUGACUUUAGCCCAGUAGAAGAGAUGAAAGUAGAGGCAGCAUCUCUGGUGUCAUGGCUAAGUUCCAUUGACAUGAAGUACCAUAUCUGGAAGCUGGGGGUUGUUUUCACUGACAAUUCCUUUCUCUACCUUGCCUGGUAUACAACCAUGUCCAUCCUGGGCCACUACAACAACUUCUUCUUUGCUGCUCAUCUGCUGGAUAUUGCAAUGGGCUUCAAGACAUUGAGGACUAUCCUGUCAUCUGUAACUCACAAUGGCAAACAGCUGGUUCUGACUGUCGGUCUCCUGGCUGUGGUGGUUUACCUCUAUACCGUGGUGGCCUUUAACUUCUUCCGCAAGUUCUACAACAAAAGUGAGGAUGAUGAGGAGCCUGACAUGAAGUGUGAUGACAUGAUGACGUGUUACCUCUUCCACAUGUACGUGGGAGUCAGAGCAGGUGGCGGCAUUGGUGAUGAAAUCGAAGACCCUGCUGGUGAUCCAUAUGAAAUGUAUCGCAUUGUCUUUGACAUUACCUUUUUCUUCUUUGUCAUUGUCAUCUUGCUGGCCAUCAUUCAAGGUCUUAUUAUUGAUGCUUUCGGAGAGCUACGAGACCAGCAGGAACAAGUACGAGAAGAUAUGGAGACGAAAUGUUUUAUCUGUGGGAUUGGCAAUGACUACUUUGACACAACUCCUCAUGGUUUUGAAACACACACAUUACAAGAGCACAACCUCGCCAACUACUUGUUCUUUCUGAUGUAUCUGAUUAAUAAAGAUGAAACAGAACACACAGGUCAGGAAUCUUACGUCUGGAAGAUGUACCAAGAGAGGUGUUGGGACUUCUUCCCAGCUGGUGACUGCUUUCGUAAACAAUAUGAAGAUCAGCUUGGAUAAAUAUGAAUGAAAAAAGCUCUAAUUCUGGAUGAUCCAUUUUCUAGUUGAAAAAAAUAUUUUAUAGUCCUGUAACAUAUUAGAAAUGUGACAUUUUCUAAAUGCCUCCCUCAGAAGAAAGUCUUUGUUACACUCUGAUAUUUUGGAUUUCGCUUUUUGUGCCUAAUGGACAAACACUGUGGAAGACAAGUUGUCAAAAAAGGAUGCUCAAAGACAAUGGUACAUGAAUGCCUUCAAGUUUUCAGUCUUAAUGUAACUAACUGGAGUGAUCACAUUGAAGAAAAAGUCUCGAAUGCAUAAUACCUGACAUUUCAAACACCUGAAUGUCAUAUUUCAGGAUCCCACCUACUAAACUUGUGGUCUGAACUACACGAAAAUCAUUUUAACUGCAGUCUAAUUUUUCUCAUGGUACUUGCUAGUGACUGUAUCCAGAAUCAGCUAAAAAAGCUUUAAGCAGUUAAAAAAAAAAACACCACUUUGUCGACACUGAAAUAUCGAUUAAGUGCCUUAAAACCUCUUUAGAUAUAGCUAUGCAAGUUUUUUAUGUUUGUGUUUCUGAAGGAUCCCAUUAGUUGUGUUGAUCUUCUGCUUUACUUUAUGAAACUGCACUUGAAGGUUAUUCAUAUUUUUUUCAGUAACAGCUUGUCAACUGCUGUUAUUAGAAGAAAAGUACUGUACUGAAAAUUCAGAAAAAUCUCAAUCUUAUGCCAAAAUUGAGUAAUGCUUUCUGGUCCAUUGUAAAGUAGUGGAGCUGCUGUGUUUAGGUGAAUCUCCUCAAGUAAAAUGAAGUGCCCACUGCAAUAAAGUAAUACA